AUGGAGUUCAUGACGGCGCUGCAAGGCGGCUACGACGACCAGAAGCCCUCACUCUUCGAGAUCUUGUCUGAACACGAGCUCUCCUCGCUCAUCCCGCCAUCACUUCGUUACAUACUCGCCGUCGCGACGCAUCGAAAUCCACGCUACCUGCUCCGGAUACUGAACAAUUUCGACGAACUCUAUGCCAUCCUCUCCCUCAUUGUGGAGAGGUAUUACCUCAAGAUCUAUGGAGGCAGUUUCACGGAGAACUUCUAUGGUCUCAAACGAGAGCGCGUGUUGCGCAUCAGGGGAGGAGAGACAACAAGAGCACGACUCGGAGCGAGCAAGGAGGUGCGGGAGACGUUGAAGCUCAGGACAAGCGAUGUGUGGAAGAAUCUGGCGGUGUUGGUGGGCAUACCAUACAUACGGAGGAAGCUGGACGAAGCAUAUGAUAUCCACGCCGCGGGCGUCAACAUGCUCGGCCCUGCAUAUCGCGAUCGUGAGAGGUAUCCCAAGGAUGGCACAUGGCGGCAAAAACUGCUCUGGGUGUACAGGUGGUUCCUGCGCAGCGUCUACCCGACAGUGAACGCAGCGUACUACUUUGCCAUGCUGACGUUCAAUCUGGCGUACCUGUUUGACGGUACCAAGUAUCACUCGCCAUUCAUGUGGGUGAUCGGAACUCGUAUACGUCGUCUGAAUCAGGCCGAUGGAAAGGCCAUUGCGCUCGCGACGCAAGCUCCGCCCACGCCGCCAGCGAGGCCUGGACAAAGCAACUCGAUCUUCAACCCAAGGACGAUGUCGAGAGCUCUCUAUCCGCAUAUGCUGACGGCUUUGCAACUCCUUCUGCCCACUUCGAUAUUCGCACUCAAGUUUCUGGAGUGGUGGCACAACUCCGACUUUGCCAGACAGUUGAGUAAGAAGUCCAACGAAGGUCUUGAGCUACCGCCUCCGAUUAUAUCAGGAGCUCCUGCUUCGCCGGCUAAGAAUGAGAAGAAGAUCAAAUCUUCGAGCGAGAAAGAGGCACCAAGCCGGCGAGACUCUGGGAUCGACGGCCCUCCCAUCUCAUCCCUGACCCACCUGCCCAUAUUGACUGUGCCUGCUCCUGCAUAUUCGACCGAUGAUACUGCGAACACAACAUCAGUCUGUCCGAUAUGCACGUCCGAGAUCCAAACGCCGACAGCUUGCCAGACCGGCUACGUCUAUUGCUACAGCUGUAUUUACAAGUGGGUGGACGGCACACAUCCGCGGCAAGAAGCAUUCAUGGAAGGAUCUGGAGACGAAGCCGAUACCAGAGGCUGGGCCGAAGAGGGUGGCGGUAGCCGUGUGAACAAGUGGGAGAGCGGCGUCGGAAGGGACGCUGUGACCGGAAGGAGAGUGCUGGGAGGCACGAGUGGAUUGAGGCGGGUCAUGGUCUGA